GUUUAAGUUCACACAGGUCAUACACUGAAACAAAAUGAAAGUAGAUAAAGUGGGAAUUCCACACCUGUAAAUACCCACAUCAAUAUUUAGCAAUGGCCUCUCCUAGUAUAACACCCCAAAUUGAAACAGGUAUACAGCAUAUGUCAGAGUCUGUGUUUGUGGGACUGUGUCAUACUGUGGGGACCUCACAACAGGUGGCAAUGCGGAGAGAUGUGACAGACAUUCAUGAGAUGGUGACAAAUAAAGCAAAAACAAGUAACGAGUACACAGUGAUGUUGAGUGGAAGUGACAGAGAAGGUUUCAGAAUGAAGGGAUCUGAUGUGGAUUCUAUGUUUUGGUUCAACAACCACCGAGUGAUCUGGGACUUAUCUCAGACCCAGUUUUACAAUGUGCACAGACAAUUCCUGAUUCUCUCUGUCUCUUCUGAAAGUCCACCCGGAUUUACUUUACUUCGGUUACUGACACCAAGAGCAAAUAGCAGAGUUAUCUCAGCAUUAGUCACAAUGAAUGGUGGACGUUAUAUAUCUAGUUCUAAAUACAGAGACAUCACAUGUUCUCUUAUAACUCCCAACUCUACAAUACAUGGUCCAUGUGCCAGUGGAAGUGAAGGGACAUUCGAAUAUGAUUAUGCCCAUUGUUUUGCUUGUGACUUUUGGCCUCCAUCUGCCUCCUCAUGGAUAGACAGAUGUCACACAUGGCCUCAGCCACAGGUUGUUAGGGACAUAGCCAGAAGUGGAUGUCACUUUGUAGCAAUAGGACACAAAUUAGGAAAUCAUGAAAGCAAUGAAUGGAGAAUUUCAUUUUCUCUGGCAGAACAAAAACUUGUGUACUCAAUGAACCACUGUCAAUUCUUAACUUACGGUUUGCUGAAAUUGUUCUUAAAAGAAGUCAUUAACAAUGGAUUAGGUGAUAAUGAGAAAUUACUGUGUUCCUAUCACAUGAAGACAGCAGUUUUCUGGAUGAUGCAACGAAACACAAUACCUAAGUGGUGUCCACAGAAUAUCCUGAAAUGUUUCUGGUACUGCUUUAAACUCAUCCUUAAAUGGGUAUAUGAUGGAGUCUGUCCUAACUUUUUCAUUCCAGAAAACAAUAUGUUUCUCAGUAAUAUCCAUGGUGAAGCACAAAACAGAUUAUUUGUUCGACUGUUUGGCUUUUAUGAAAAAGGUUUAGCAUCCUUGCUACACAGUCCCUCCCUCAGGUCUUGUAUCAUGAAUGUCCUUUAUAACCCCAGACUCAGUAUUUGUACUGAUGAACACACUCUGGUAUCUGAGAUCGAGUUUGAUAAAGAAAUGUUCAGUGAGAUGUAUGUAAAAAAUUCAAUACCCUCAUCAGACCUCUACCUCAUUAUGAAGCACUUCAACACAGUAGAACAGUUAACAGUCUCACCCCUCCCACAGUAUCAAGUUGUCAUGUUACAGGUACUUACAGCCUCCUUCCUUUACGUUGCUGCUUUUACAUUACAAAACAUGUACAAGAACACCACUGAAAACAAGUUGAUGUAUAUUGCUGACAGAAUGUCCUGUCACAUGUUGAAACUCACAGCCAAGUUUGGGUGUAUUUCUGACAGGUUGUACACUGCAAUGUAUUAUUACAAGACACUCAGAUACACAGAAGCUUUGUCUGUGAUAGAGAUGACAAAGGUCAACUUAGCUCAGCCACAUGUGAUGUAUAACGGGACAGUAGACACAGAGAGGUAUAGUGAGGCUGUAGGGGGACAGUCCUGGUCUACAAAGUUAAAACAUGCUGUAGCAUGGACUAUCAAAUUAGACAACAGAAUCAUUUAUAUCAAUGAAUUAAUGAAAGAGCAGAUGGUUUCCUUACAGAACCAUGAACUUAAAUUGUCCAUCCCACCCCUAGUUGUGUUACACAUGCUGGAGUUCCUGUGUUACAGACAUACUGACACAAUAAGAGCACAAACAGCUCUUAAUGAUCUACAGGUCCUAGUUCACCAUGAUCAGGAGGUGUAUGUACCACAACUACUAAGAGACAUAUCAUGGCAGAUCCUGGGUAUCUGUCAACAGAUCUCAGGGAACCUCCAGGCUGCUCUAUACUCCUACCAACAAUCACUCAGACAAUAUCCAUUCCAUAAAAUACAAAGUGCUACGCUAAUGAGAAUAGAAGAACUCGGAUAAGUACAAUGUUGUACAUUUGAAUAGUUCAUGCUCCUUUAACUAAUGAAUUAUUUAUGGCCAGCAAACUUCAUCAGUGAAUUAAGGAUGGAAUCUUCUCAUAUUUACUGGAUGCAUUAAAAUGUGAUAUUUUGCAUGUAUAUAUUUGAAAACAUGUACAUUCUUUUCAUUUAUAACCAUUCAGGUGUUGAGGUUCUUAAUUUUGUGUCCAGAUCAAUUCAAAGUCAUGUUGUUUUUUUAUUGCCAGGCUGUCCAACACUCUCUGUAACAAAAAUAAGGGCUAAUUUUAGGGCUAAAAUUACAAAAAUUUAGGGCUAUAAUUAGGAUUUUCAUAACUAAAUUGGGGCAGUUUUAGACAUUUAAAUGGUCUUACUUUCGAACUUUUGGCAAUUAAGACACUCACAAAAAUACUCUCCGUGCAGGAAGGGCGUCUUCCAGUUAUUAUUGGUUAUAACCUUAAUAGUUACAUCUUUGUCACAAAUUCACAAGCUAUUAUAACAGUUUGACACAUGGAUUCACUGGUCAUAUUUAGUUUGAAUGCAUUUUCAAAAUUGCUAGAGUAGAAAUAUACUUUUGAAAAAUAGGAAUUGAUGGAGAAAUUAGUCUUUUUUAGGACUUCCCCUUGAAUUUAACAUUUUUUGAAGGAAUUUUAGGGCCACUGGACAGCCUGUAAUUGCAUUAAAUAUGUCGUUGUCCCAGAAGGGACUAACACUCUCAUGGGCACACUCGACCCAGAUCAUCAUAUAGUAGCUAGGAGGAACAGCUUUUGUGGAGUAAAGCAUAUCUCCCCUUUAUAAAACACAUGUUGUUUGUUCAUAAAUUUAAUAAAAAUAAAUACAUAGUA